GGAAAUGAAACAUGGCCGACAGCUAGUGAGGGAUGGUGAAAGUAAGCGAAAAGCAUAAAUAAAAGCUGCAAACCUACACAUUUUUGGAUGAAGGUAUUUGAACUUUGCAGUGUGCUUUAAAGUAUAUAUUUAUAUGUCUAUACAACCUUCUCACGAAUUGGCUGUUUGGGUUGAGUUUGUUCGCAAAGGCCUUUAACCGGGCGUUAGCCACGUUAGCCACUGACGCUUUUGUUUUUGGUCGGAAAUUCACGUCAUUUUGAAGCCUGUUUUUGCCUUAUUUUUGAGGAUAUAUAUUAUUUUAUGGACUGAACGUUGUCGCUGCCUAUACAGAUACACUCUGGUAUUUUUUAUUGUAGCUUGGGGGUCCAGCCGGCCUCUCAGCUGAGUGUUAAAGGUGGGUAACUUCACUACAAAGCCUUACAAGCAGACACCACCAUUGUCGUUUGGAAGCUGCAGGACUGUGACUGUCUGUCAACAUUAAGCCCAUGAAACAUGGAUCUAAAACGAGAGCACGGCAAACCUCAAACUAGCGGCAGCAGCAGCGACUCCAGCAGCGGCGACAGCCCCGCUUCGCCCUCCAGCAGCCCCGCACCGGCACCGAGCAAAGCCCCGGGGUCGGCGGGCAACGCGUUCGCUAACGACGGCAGCUUCAUGGAGAUGUUCAAGAAGAAAAUGAUGGAGGAGGAGGAGCGGAGGAAAAAGGAGACGCAGCGAACAAGUGGAGAUGCGAGAGCCACAGAACAAGGACAGAUCCCAGUGGAAAAGAAGCCCCUUCCCGUGACGAGCUUUGUGGGGAAGCGCAGAGGCGGUGUGUUCCUAAAGACCGGCAUGGUUGCAAAGAAGCAGAAAGAGGACACAGAAGCUGAACCAGGCAAGAGCGAUGCUUGGUCAAAGUACAUGGCUGAGGUGAAAAAGUACAAAGCCCACCAGUGUGGCGACGACGAUAAAACCAGGCCUCUGGUCAAGUAGGCUCUGGUUAAAAGGCCAACGUGGAGCGACAAUGUUUUGAGGGGGAAACCGCCUGGGAGAAGCUCUGGGAGGGCCGGCCAAUCCUGACCUUCUCAUACUGCCAGUUCAAGUUACCCUCCACAUUAAAGAAACGGUGUGUAGGAUUUAGUGGCAUCUAGUGGCGAGGUUGUAAAGUACAACCAACUGAACACCCGUGUCCCCUUGCAAGUGUGUUGUAGAACCUCUGGUUGGUGUGAAAAAUGCAAAAGGUCCUCUAGAGCCAGUGUUUGGUUUGUCCAUUUGGGCUACUGUAGAAACUCAGCAGGCUCUGUGCAAGAGGUUGCACUCCCUAUGUAGAUAUAAAGGGCUCAUUUUAAGGUAAUUAAACCACAAUUCUUAUUUUCAGGUGACUAAACUAAUUAAAACAUACUUACAUUUUUGCUAUAUGCCACUCGAUUCUACACACUGCACCUUUAAGUCUAUCACAAACUGCUUUGCUUGACAAACGUUUUUUUCUUCCCUUUUUUGUAUUGUUUUUGUCUCGUUAUUUGAUGGACUCCGGUAACUUGGUCUGGUGUCAAAUGGUGUUUCUGAAAUUUUGCAUAUAUUAUUGAUUAUUGUUAAAUGCUUUGAGAACUGUUGUCUGGUUUAAGUUAGGGUUCAUGGAUCAUUGGAAUUGGUUUAAUAGCCAAAUCAAGGUUUCAAUUAAAUCUACACUGCCCAUUAAUGUGUUGGGUUGUGCAUCAGUUGUGUUGUAUGGAGUCCAAAGGAAACAAUGUUUUUAAUGCUGGAAUCAAACUUUGUUCCUUUAAAUAUGAAACUUGGAUGAAAUUCUCAUUACCUUGUGAAGACAAAAUUUUAAUUAAAAGUAUUGAGUUCUAUACAGAAAAGAAUUCGCUCAAGAAUUCAUGUACAAUGAAAAAGUGUACAGCUCCCAUUGGAAAAAAAAGAAGCUCAAAUCAACUAUUUGCAGUUUACAUUUCUUACAGGUAUCAGUGAUAAUUACAUUAUGAUAAAAACAGCACCAAAUAGAUACACUGACCAUGCAUCAGAGAGGGAGACAUACAAAAGGCACACUUUCAGUCCCACCAAAGAAUACAUCCAACCGCAUUCAGACCCUCACACAUACACACAAGCUCGCUCACUCACCUAAAAAUAUCUCACUCAUUCCUUCCCCCUGCCCACAGUGAUAUAGGUCUAUCUUGUAAACAUUGACAAGCUGUGUUUGUCAUUUAACAAUUCUAUGAAUAGUAUUUAAAAGUUAUCAAAUUGUUGUGUUUUUUAAAAAGUUAUAUUGAACUGGUAUUCAUGGUGAGUUGAUGCUCUCGGACCAAACAUCUGAAGUGUAAAUCCAGUCCUUUAGUCAGGCCCCGAUUAUGAGUGGUCUGUCCAUCUGUCACUCAAAAGCUGCGCUCCGUCCUGAUUUGUCCCUGACAUCAUGUCAUUAGAAGCCGUCCACUGGGUGUUGAGAUCCAGCUGUAUCAUAGAGUCUUCCUCUUAGCGUCUCCUCCCUGGCUUUGACUGACAUCUGAACAGGAAUAGUAGAGUUCUUGAAAUGUCAGUGAAAAGCAAUAACAGACAAAUUAAA